AUGCCUCUCAAUUUUAUUGAUAUUUACGAGCUUUUUGAGCGAAAACGUCAAGGGGAUGUUUCUAUAGCAGUGCUUGAAAAAUUGCAGUCUUGGACACUAAUUGCCAAAAAUAAUACACUAAAAUGUGAUCACGGGCAUUAUCUUAAAUUAUGUUUGAGAGCAAAUUGUCUGGACGGAUAUGUAUGGACAUGUCGAGAAUAUUCCACAAAUUCAAGUCGAAAAAAAGUAAGUUCUAAAACUUCAUUAUUUGAAAAUGCAGUUUUUCAGUUCCCAACAGUUUGA